CUUUUCGACCACUCCGCCGAAUGCCAAGAUCGAGCUCUGUUUCAAUGGCGAAGCGGUACGAAACCAAACACCUUCCGCUUUCCACGUGUAGUUCUCGCGUCCGUCCUCUUGGAUCGCCGGUCUCCCUCCCCAGAUGCUUCGGGAUCUCUCAUGGCGCUCGCCCCUUGGCCCUCCUCUUUAUCGCACCUUGCCGGUGAUCGCCGAUCCUUCCCUUCCUUCCGACGGUCCCAGGAACUCCGUCUGCUGUGGAGCUCCAAUCCGUACCUAGUUCGCAGAAGCCUCGUGCCCUGUUGCUCUGGGGAGGAAUUUAGGUACGCUGCGGCUUUCAUUGGGUCACUUGGAGAUUACAAAGUUCUUUGGAGAGGGAGGGCGUUGAAGCGCAAAGAGGAGCUCUGCCAUGAACUGCGGGAGUUCAUAUCGGCGACGGGGCUUGCUGAGAAUCGCGUGCCCUCCAUGAAGGAGCUCUGCGAAAACGGGAGGAAGGACCUCGCAAAUAUUGUGAGACGGAGAGGAUACAAGGUUGUCACAGAACUUCUUUUUAAUUCAAAUGGAGAGAACCAUUCAGAUAAAAUUUCAGAAGGAAGACAAAGAUUUAUAGAUGCAGAAUUAUAUAAAGCUGCAGGAGGUCAAGAGACGAAGAUACAUGUGUCUCCUUAUUGUACCUUACGGCGAAGCAACCGUUCUAUGGAGAGAGACUUGGUUAAAUCAAAUGGAAUGGUAUUAACUGAUAAUCAUGUCCAAGUAUGUGAUAAUUCAGAAUCUUCAGUGGACUCCUUGCAUAUAAAGGCAGUAAAGUUUAGACAGACUGGAGAACUGGAUACAAUGGAAGGUGAAGACUGUGAGUUAUAUCACGAUUUGGCUUCAGAGAUUUAUGAACAUGACAAUCAGAAUGAAAUCAAUCGUUUGAAGAUCUUGCUGCAUCAAAAGAAGAUGGAACUUUCCCAACUAAAGCAACAAAUUGAUGAUGAGAAGCUUGCAUUAAGUAGUCUUCACGCUAGGGCCACAGUUGAGCUUGGUGAUAUAAAAAGAAUCGUAGCAGAGAAAGAUGCGGAACUCCAUGCUGCCGAGGGGAACUUAAAUGGACUAAAAGAGGUUCGUAUCGACUACUGGGCAAACGGUCAAAUCAUAGAAGUUGCUGGUAGUUUUAAUGGUUGGCAGCAUAGAGUCAGAAUGGAUCACCAUCCUUCAUCUAAACACAUAAAUCCACCUGGGUACAGGAAGCCAAUGCUCUGGUCAACAGUGUUGUGGCUCUAUCCUGGAGUUUAUGAGAUAAAAUUCAUUGUUGAUGGCGAGUGGAGAAUCGACUCUCAAUGGGAGAUUAUCACCAGCGGAGGCAUAACCAAUAAUGUUCUGAGAGUAGACAAGUGAGGCUAAAAGCUCAAAAGAAGCUGAUCUAGGAAAGAAUUCAGAGACCCAACCUAUUGUAGAGGAAGUGGACUGAUAGGGUUUCAGAAAAUGCAUUGAACUUUCUGUUGGUAUAUGUUGUAUAAAUGAAAUCAUCUUAAGAAGUUUCCUGUUUGACAUGAACAGCUUAUGUUGGUACACUGUGAAUACCAGUUAUGUGAGCCAAUGCCAGGUAUUUCAUAUGUUUUUAGACCCAUAUAUGAAGCAAGAAUAAUGAUUGGUUGGAUUA